CUAGAACAUGGGAACAAGUAAAAGUGAAAUAUAAGAAUAUUCUACAGAAUGCAACCAAGAAAAGGGCAGAGCAAAAAAAGACAGGUGGUGGUCCUGCACCCCCUCGUCACAUCCCGGCAGAGGAGCUGGCCCUAUAGGGUUGAAUGCCACCAGACCGUUGUUGAGGACAUCCCUGGGGGCAGCUCUUCCUUAGACGAGCAGCCGGGGUGCAGUAGCAGCAGCACCUUCAUAACUGGUGUGUCGGUGUGUCUGCGUUACAUGACUGACACUGUGCAGCCAAACUUCCCACUCUUCACUCUCAGUCCAGGCAUAUCCCCUCUGAGUCUGCAGGGUAGCUUUGACACGUUCAUGCUGUCCUAUUAUGAUUCCUUCAGUGUGAACCUGCAGCCCAUUGUGCACUUAUGGCCGGACAUUAAGCAGGACAUCUGGACCAGUGUCUGCCUCACUGUGGACACCAGUAAGAGUGUGGUUCAGAUGUUCAGUGGCGGGUAUAUGAGCCCCAGGAAGGUAAUGCCUUAUCAGUAUGUGUGGUCAGGCGAGCCUGUGAUUAGUUUCCCAGGCUUUGAUGGUCAGCUGACAGACGUCCAGGUGUGGGACUAUCCUCUGCGAUAUAGAGACAUCAUCUACUACAUGAGCAGAAGUUAUUACGGGUCUUACAGCGGCUCCGUCAUCUCCUGGUCCAACAUCAGAUACAAUAACAGAGGAAGGGCAGUCUUGGAGGACACCUUUGACAUGCGAGCAAAAGUUGAGCAAGAGAGUAGACGAAAGGAAAAGAAGAUGAGAUUCUUCAGUGUGGAGGAGGAAAACAAGCUGCUGCUUUAAAGCAUGGGCUGCAGUCUGAAGUGGAUUAAUCCUGCCUUUUUACAUCUGUAUUUAAUAUUCAGUAUGUUGAUGUGUAUGUUGGAUAUUCUGUUAUUCAACUGUGCUUUUAUAUUGCUGAUGUAAAUGUGAUUAGCACUGUUGUCCCUUACCAACUUACAAGAAAAAAAUCAAUACAAUCAACGUUUGCAGGCCUAUGUCACCUUACAAUGAUAGAGCCAAGUCCAACUUAAUUGUUUAUGUAUUUUAAAAUUUCACAAUCACCGUACAAAUAUGAGUGUACAGGAAAGGAGUGUCCCCUUAUCUGUAAAAUAUCUGGAAUUUAGGCCAGGUUAAACCAUUGAAAAGCUCAGUAUACUCCUAAUAUACACAGGUUAUGUAAGAUGGUGAAAUAUUGUUUUUUUUCCCAAAAAUUACCAAGAAAUUAUCAACUACUUAAAUUUACUUACAAUGUAAUUAUUUCUUCAUUCGCAUAGAAAACAUGAAUUUAUGCAUAACUUAAAAUCACUUACACAGUACUUCACAUGAUUUCCAGAAUAGUGUCUCCUUUCCUGUAAAACAUCUGAAGUUAUGUAAUUAUUAAAAUUACUUAUUUACUACCGAAAAUGACUUACACAUUACAUACUUGAGUACAUACUAAAUUAAGUACUUGUGCAGUACAUAAUUUACUUACAGUAUAACUAUUUCUAGUGUGCCUAGCUUUAAUUAUUUGUAGGUAAACUUAAUUCUAACUUUAAAUAACAUACAUGGAAAUUACAUUUAAUUAUGCUCUUAGUCACGGGUAUUAUAAUGUAUUACUAAAAAGUGCUUAUUUUAAGCAAAUUUCCCACUUGUGGGACUAAUAAAGGUUUAUCUUAUCUUAUUCCUAAACUUACCCACUAACUGUCUUGUGUUCCAGCCUAACCUCAGCCGACCUGUCUCACUGUUGGAUUUCUCUUUCUAACAUGGCCAUGUCUUAUUUAUUUUACAAGUAAGUAAAUAAGUAAAACUUUAUAAGUACGUCAUAGGAGCCAACAAUGCAUAAAAAAACAAAAUUAGAGAAAUUAAUAAAAAGCUGAUUUUAAAAGAUGUUUUUAACUGGCUUUUAAAUAAGACCUUACCAGAGGCAGGUGAAAACACUGAGCACAUAUGAACCAAUGCACUGUAAGACACUUUCGAACAAAAGUGUAGUUAAAAUGUCCAGAGAGCAAGAAAACGCUGUCAUUGUACCACUAAGCUUCGUUACUGCUGCAAAACUGCCUAAGAUAACAGGUCGAGCUGAUGUGACAACCGUCUGCAUAGAUGCUGAGGAAGAGAUAUUAUUUCUUACAUUUCUGACCUUAAAACAAAAAAUGAAAGAAAAUAAGAAAAGAAAUAAGAAAAUAUAUACAACAUAAAGAGUCUUUAGAUAGUGUGCAGAUAACAUCAGUCUACCCAGUGUCAUAAAAAGAUUUUCACAGUUCUGCCCUUUUACUUAUUCUGUGGCCAUAAGGUUUGAAAACAGCCUCUGGGAAUCUUAUAUCCUCUUUCCGAAAUGCUUCAGUAUCAGAGGAAACAAAACAAAAGCUCAAGAACAAAAUGUGGAACUAAAAAUCUGUUUUGGUUACCGUUCAAUCUGUUUUCAUGUUUCAUGUUAGGUGGGACUUGUGGUCCUCCUACAAAAACUGUGUGUCAGAAAGAAUCUGUUUACCAAUCUGUUUGCUGCAUUACUAUGUGUAAACUAUUUCACAGAUGUAAAUACACGCACUGAAAUAUAAUGAAAUGAGGCUCUCUAGCAUUCUGUACUGAGAAUUAUCGUUGCAGCAUCAACAUACGCGCACACAUGCAGGAUAAAACUUCACGUUUCCACACAUUCAAACCUUCCUGCUCCUGUUUGAAAUAUGUUGCUUACUUGCGAUGAUUUUACAUCUCAACAUUUGUUACUGAGUGACGGAAAUAAGAUUUCCUUAAGAUUAUUCAGAGAUCUAGCAUCAGCGCUUGUAGACUUUAAAAAACUGCAGCAAACAGAA